CUUUGUUUAUGACCGAUUUGCAAAUCGUUUCAGAAAAAUCAGUCCAUAUUUCGUGUACAUGAAAUUAAGAAGUGUAGUUAUAGUGUUUCAAAUUGCUAUAAAAUUUAAUUAUUUUAUUUCAGAGGGUUUACGCAAGCUAUUCUAACAAUUUGUCGAAGAUAGGGUACCGUCGCAGGAUACAAAAAGUAAAACAUAAAUACAAAUACUUAUUACAAAAUGGAAACGUCACUUAGUUCCUGUGUUGUGAUAAUGUGAAUAAUGUUUUUCGAUUAAACAAUGGCCAGUUAAAACAUUCAUACGGUGAUAUAAUACUGCGGAUAUUUUUAAAUAGUCAUACGUGAUGUUUGUGUGCGUAGUCAAUGAGAUUACAAUAUGAAUUGGUUCGACACGUCUGGUUUGACGAGUCUGGCGAAGACGGCGCUGAAAGAGGCCCAGAAGACGCUGGACAAGGCUCUGGACAUUCAGGACGAGAGCGGGGAGGAGGAGGAAGCGGGGGCGUCCACUUCUCAGAUGAAAUCUUCACCAGGUGAAAGUGAAACGACCCCAAAAGACAAUUCUGAUUUCUUCGCUUCUUGGGGCCUCACAGUAAGCGCUGAAGGCCCUCAGGAUGCCAACGAGCAGACCGUAGUCACCGAGAGCCCUUCUAAGGGCUCUCAAAGCCUUUGGGGCUCUUUUGCAGGAUCUUUCUUUGAACAUCAAAAGGAUUCUGAAACAGAUACAGCUAUUGUUCAACCUCCAAAAGCUAAGUCCAUGAAUGUUAUUAAUGACUCGAAAUAUGGCAGUGCUACCGACUUGUUCUCUAAAAGCCAGCUUGUUAUGUCUGAUGAUACAGAGUUUGAUAUUAAAAAGGUAAAAGAUGAAGUCAAGGCAGACGAGAGACGUAAUUCAUCCCGCUCAAAUAGAUUAUCACUGGUGUCUAGUAGAAAUAGUUCUGAUUCCGUUGAGGUAUUGUCACAGAGUUUGAAGACUACUCCUGACUCUGAAGCUGCGUCCAUUCACUCCAUCUCCCACAGUAGUAGUGUCGGGCAGAAACUUAACUCUGAAUCUGUGGAAAUUUUACCAGACAGCCUUGUGAGUCCAAGCUCUAUUGAAUGUUUAGGCUUUGACAGUUAUUCCAGUGAUAAACACAGCAGUACGUCUUCAAAUCUCUCACCUGGCGAGUUGAGUGAUAAGAAAUCCACACCAGUUGACAGGACAGAGAAGGCAGAGACUGCAGACAGUGUCAGUUUGGUUGCCGAUGAUGAUGAAGACACCAUGUCCUAUAAUUCCAUCUCGGAAUGCACAGCACCCACCGUUUUAGACACUGAUGACAAGCCAGUAAGUCCAUUUCCGAAAAGAGAAAGCAAGAAGUUUUUAGAGAAAGAAUUUAUACACUUAGAUCCUCCAUUGCUACCACAGAAAAUGCAGAUUAGUGAGAAUUCUUCUAAUGACGGAUCCUGGUCUGAUCGGACCUUGAACGCUGACAAUGACAGUAUGAUUCUAGAUGUCAAUGUUGACGAGCCAAAGAAAGAGACUGAACCUGAGGAUGUCCUUAUGGAAAAAUUAAGUGAUUCAUCCUCAUUUUAUAAUGUUAAUGUUUCUGGAGAAAUGAUUAGGUCUGAAAGCUCAGCGUUUGUUAAUGUGGAGAAGCAGCAAUGUAGCCAGUCUGAUAAAUCCGAGUCUCAAAAAGGUAGCGUUAAAGAGCGGACAUCACCAACCAGUUCUGACAGCAAGAGUGACUUAGUUAAGAUUGGUUCUGAUCGUACGUCCGGCCAUACUUCAGGCGAUGAGCUUGAAACAACCACAUCGUCCGACAUUGAGAUCAUUCCAAGUCCAAACGGUGACAACCAUGGUUUCCGCAACAGUCCUGCCAAAUACAACUUCAAAAAAUUUGAUGGCACUACCUCGCCAAACCUAGUGGAUUUAGUAUUAGGAAAAUCGUUAGCGACUAAAAUCCGUGGACAUAAUAGAGAAUUAUCCGAAGCAUCAGUUCAAAGUAAUACCAGUGACGACAGUAGUACAGAGAAUGACCGGCUGAUGCGUCGGCUGUGUGAAAUGGCAGAAAUACUGGAAGCCAGAGAGAACAGACUGAUGGAAGUGAGCAGGAGCAAUGUGGAGCUGGCGGAGAGUAAUGCGGACUUGAAGACCCAGAUGGAGAGCUUGCUGGCAAAGCACGGGACUCAUGAGGGUGGGGAUAUUAGUACGAUCACGGAGGACUAUACGCAGAGGAUGUCGGCAUUGGAAAAGAAGUUCCAACAGGCCAUAAGGGAAAAGGACCAAUUACGCAAGCAACUUGACAGCCUCAAAUCCGACUCGUCCCGCAAGAACUCCUCCGAGCUUGAAAGCAGUUUGAAAGAAAGAGACGAAGUUAUAGCGCAGAUGCAAGAGGAAGGAGAGAAGCUAGCUCGUCAGCAGUUACAGCAUUCGAAUAUUAUUAAGAAGCUGAGAGCGAAAGAGAAGGAUAAUGAGCAAGUUAUUAAAGGACUGAGGGAUAAAAUAGCUGAACAGACUUCCGAAUUAGAUCGCCUAAAGAGGUCUAUCGCUGCCAAAGAAGAGUUAGAAGUAUCCCAAAUAGAGGCUGUAUACCGGCUUACCACGGCGAACAAGAAACUCGAGGUGGAACUUGCUGAGACAAAAAGCGCACUAGAUGACGCAACCCAACGCCUCACCACGACCCGAGCGUCGCUCGAGGCGGCCAAGCGAGAGUUAACCGACGUAGAAACAGAGCGAGUAGAGCUGCGGGCACGCUGCGGCGCCGCGGCGCGAGCGCAGCGGGACGCCGACCAAGAGCGCGCCCUGGUGGAGACACUGCAACAACAACUGGCUAGUUUGAGAGCGGAGGUGGUUCAAGAGGAACGUCGCUGGGUGUCCCGCGAGGAAGCGCUCCGCCUCGAGCUGACGGAAGCCCGCGAGCUGUGCGCCGCGCUGGAGGCCCGCGCCGGCGCCGCGGCGGCGGGCGGGGAGGGCGCCGCCGCGCUGCUGGCGCAGCUCGCAGCACUGCAGCGCUCUGCGCUGGAGAGGGACCAGGCACACGUCAACACUGUGAGAGGACUCAAGCAGCAAGUCGCUGAAGCCGAAACCUCCCUAACCAAAGCCGUCGAACGCGAGCGCCUCUCCCGCGACGAAUUAGAAGAACUAACUCGACGACUGGCCGCAUCUGAAGGUUUACUGGACGACGCACAGAGCCGACUGGACACUGUGACCAGCCAGUGUCGAGAACUGGUCGCUAGGGUCGACACACUAGAAGAUGAACUAGCUAGUAAAUCCAGAGAGCUGUCGCGGGUAAAGGAAGAAACCAGCAAGCAGAUAGCAGAGUUGCGGCAACAGGUCGCUGCCGCCGAGACUGCCCUGGCUGCUGCCCAGGAUGCCUUGGAGACGGAGAAGAAACGAAACGCUAUUUUACAGGAGCAAGUUUCGUGUCGCGGCGACAUCAGCCCGCCGCAUUCUGUGGCGUCCGACACGCUGUCCUCGUCGUUAUGGGCUUCGGAGGACACGGGCCGCGCCACGCCCACCGGCGCCGUGAUGACGUCACAGGCCGGCGUCGACGAGCUGCUCUCACAGCUGCAGCGGCGGGACGGCGAGCUGCGUGCUGCGCAGGCGCGGGCGCUACAGCUUAGCGCUGAACGAAACACGCUCAGAGACCAUGUAGCUUCACUCAGAGCGAGACUGGAUGACUAUCAGAGCGUUCAAGAGCAAUACGACGCCCUACUCCAAAUGUACGGCGAGAAAGAGGAGCAACUAGAAGAACUAAAACUAGACUUGCAGGACGUCACACAGCUGUACAAGGCGCAACUGGACGAACUGGUCGCGCUCAAGCGCAGGUAGCCAUCGGCAGCGGCCGGCCCGUCUUAAACCUAUUGCAAGAGGAAAUAACCAAUGACAUAAUGGGGAUAGAGUAACCAAUGACAGCGUCCUGCAGAGUGCAAAAGAAAAGAGACAUUUUGAAUACUAUAAAGAUUAGGAAACUGCAGUACUUUGGUCGUGUAUUACGAAAUGAGAAAUACCUCCUCCAGCUGAUAAUACAGGGGAAAAUCCAGGGAAAACGAUGCGGGGGCACGCGGGACGAGGUGAGCGAAGUCCCGUGCCGUGAUUGGUCCGUUCAAAGACACGGACGUCACACAAAGACACUUUCGACUCGAACAUGGAGUAAAAUUACCGUAUGCGUGGCAGAGGGGGUAGCGCGACUAUGAUCAUUCUGGAGGAUGUUUUGUCUGUGGUUCAAGAUGAGCACCAGAUCGCUGUUUCGAGCUGCAGCGUCAAAAGUGAAAAUAGCCCUAAUGAUAGCCAACCUCCGGCAGGAGACGGCACCAUAAGAAGAAGAAGAAGGGAAAAUAUACAAAUAUUCGCCCGUAUUGGAUUUACACACUGUAUUUCCCAUAAUGAUUACAAACUUUAUUUCAGUGAUAGGGUUUCAUUUUGAUAAAGGACUUCUUACGAUUUCCAAUGCGGAAAGAAAUUGCCUGUUCCCAAAUUAUAUUACUAGAAAGGUAACCUUUUACAAUAUUUCGAAAUAAAACCAUUAUUUCGAAAAUUUGCGCAAUUUCCUCAUGUGCAGGCGUAUUAUGGAUAGUUUUAUCCACGUGACAAUAUAACCGUCACUAUUUAACACCGCGGGAUAGAAAGUGACGGACACCGUUUUAUCACGCUGUCACGUAGACAGAACGACCAUCAUAUCCGUACCGAAAAGCGAUGUCAUCCUUGUAUUGUCACUUGGACGCGUGACAUUAUAAUAUCCGCUAUUGAAAUUUCUCAUGGCUGUAAGAGACGUAGACUAGGUGACAGUCGUUAAUCGCUAACGCAAAUAGAGAUAUUAACACAUUCAGGGCCAAAACCCGACUGUCGGGUAAAGUGUUCGUAGCGACUACGCGCUCCAUACGGCAAAACCGUGGCUACGCGCUACGAGCGCAACCCGUAGCACUUAGUGGCAAUGAAUGUGUGACUUAAAUUGAUCAUGCUCGGAUCAGUUAAAACGAUGUAUUUUGAUAUUUCGAUUGACUAUUGCCAUUCAUUUUCACAUUUGAAAUAAUCUUAUAGACGCAACGCAUACAAACAUGACAAAAUAUUAUUAUAUGUCUUGUUUGUGCGUCUUAUAGCUUUUGCAAUGAGGAAAGUGAGGCCGAUUUCAUCUCGCAAAGCUGCCGCUACUAAUAUAAUUUAUGCCAAUUGUAUUUCCCUUUAAUAAUUGUUGCUCUAAUUGCCAUUUAAAUGUAAAACGGUGUUCAAUGUGUAUUUCACUUGAAAAUCACGAAUUUGCACCUGUGUGCUAUGUACAUAGCUUACAUUGUGAUAUGCCUUUAUUAAAAUACUUAGGAUCAUGGUUACGGUCUGUACUCGGAGAAAUGUACAAUCAAGGAAUUUGAUUUAUGUGUCAAUUCGCACUCUGUCAAUGUGAAUCGUGACAAUGUACAGUAAGCUGCAAUAAUGCAUAUCCACUGUAUGAGCUUGCACUUUUGCAGCUGUGUGCAUGGCGGUUUAGUGGUACAGAAAUCAAAUUCCUUGACUGUACAGGGACACACAUAUGUAAAGAAGAACUCAUUGUCAACGGUUUUACGGCUAUACACCGUGUUUUUAUUGAAUUCCGUUAACUUCGGGGUAUGAUUAAGUACGUUUAAGAAAACUAAUGGCAUACUUAAAAAGUAAUUAAAUGUAGCAUAUAGCGUUGUUGUAACACGGGCAUUACAUUUAACUAAACCAAACAAUUGAAAUCUGUGACAUAUCAAUGUCAAUUCGAACAUCGAUCGACCGAGAUUUUACUUAAGUUUAGUAGCAAAUGUAUGAACUCAUUCUAAACACUAAUCAAUAUGUAAACCGGCCUUAAGGCAAGUGUACAAGCUUGUAGAGGCCUUAUAGGAAAAAAAUAAAAUAUUGAUUAUCUUCGAAAUGGAGUUAAUUAGAAUAUCGGUGUCUUUGGAAAAGUUACUUGAUUUAAGCUCAGGUAUGCACCCUUGAAAUUAACGGAAAUCAAAAAAAACACGGUGUAUAUAUAUAUGUAGUAUACAUAUGUUUUGUCAUUGGUAACUUAUAAAAUGGCCUUGAUAUUAAAGUACCGUCAAAUAAAUUAUAAUGUAACGGUGCUCAGAAAUCUCUGACAAUUAUUCAAUAGUCGAAUUAGAUAUAAUCUGGUAAAAUGCAGGCAUUAUAUAUAUAUAUAUGCUUAGCAAUUUUUGUUUCUUUAACGUAAGUUUUUGAAAAAGCUGUUUGAAUUUUGAGAAUGCUGAAGUCCGUUUAUUGUAGUAAAUAGAAGUAUUAUUUUUAGUGAUAAUUUGAAACUGUCACAAUUCGCCCCAUUUUAUUAUGCCCCUCUAGAGUAAUAUGCAUUUUAAAAUACUGACUUCACGAAGUGAUAUUGAGUUAUGUUAGCAAAGUCUGAUAAGGGAAUCGAGAGUAAUAAAUGUAAUAAUAUACACUCUAGAGGAAAUAAAAGGAUCACUUUGUAUUAGUAUUUGCGUACAAGCUGAUUAGUACUAAAUACUAAACUUGGAGAUGGCUUAUCAUGAUAUUGUUUAGAUUAAAUAAACUAAUUUUUUUUUUCAUUUUUGUUCGGUUUGCCAAAUUCUUGGUCAAAAAAUUUAUAGAAAUUAAAAAAUUGUUUAUGAAAUUUAUUAAAUAUUGUUUUGUAUAAUUGGUUGCUUAGUUAUAUUCUUUAAAUGCCUUAGAUAUCAUCUAAAUUUUACUUAGUGUGUAUUAAACUAUGUAAAGAUGUAUAGAUUAAAGUGAUGUAAAGCUGUUCAUAAAUCGCUGACAUAAAUACGUGAAUGUAAAGACCAGUGAGUUAAACCGUUCGUUAGUCAGAUUCGGUGUCCAUACAUUUAUGUCGAGGGCUGGGAGGUCUUCUGCAAUUAUAAUGAUAGUAUUAUACAUUAAGUCAAUGGUGACAAGUGCCCUUAUAAGGUCAUAAGGCAACUGCGCCUAUUCGAGGAGUAAUGGCUCAGAGGGCCUACCGCGAAUCACGUUGGACGUGUUGCCUCCCUGUCACACUUACGUACAAAUUUACAAGUGAGACAGAGAGGCAAGUAUCACGCUACAACCGUGAACCAAUUCAUUCGUUCGUCUAUUCUCUCUAGCGCUUGAAUAAGUGCCGGUUGCACCAGCCACAGUUGACAGACUGAUCAAACGUCACUCAGCAGUGAACUAUGAAACUUCCCAUACAAUAAAAUUUAGCGAACGCUUUAACGGUGACAGGCGGUUUGGUGCAACUGACCCUUAAAGUGACAGGCAAACAGGCGAAUUUUUGUAUUAGGGUAUCCCUUCAGGGCUUACAUCUCCGUGGUCACCACAUUUGUAUUUUUUGAAUUGAUUGUCAUUUAGGGCACUUGUCACCUGACUAUAGAUGUUUCGUUCUCAAGGAAAAGGACUUGUGAUGUGGCAGGAAGGAAGUGUGAUGGCUCUCAUGUGCUAAUAAACCCAUUGGAGGUUCGCUAAUAUUUACACCAGCAUCAACCGCACGAAGGUUCCUUUUCGCUGAAAACGACACAUUUUUUAACUAAUUCACAGCUGCCUGUAUGUUUUUGUAAAUAAAAAUGAAACAAGU